GAUGAUUCAAGAUUGUUUAGAUAAAAUUACUUCUAAUACCCCUACGUUCACUCUAGCCUUCGCUCUCCUCGGUGCGACCGUCGCUGGGAUCACUCUUCUUCGACUCCUCAGACUUUUCUUUGACGUUACGAUCAGAAAAGGUAUUAGCCUUAAGAAGUUUGGUGCAGGUAAAGGCACAUGGGCAGUCGUAACUGGUGCAACAGACGGUAUUGGUAGGGAAUUCGCUUUCCAACUCGCUAAAGCCGGUUUCAAUAUUGUUCUUGCAUCCAGAUCUGCAGAGAAGCUAGGCGCUGUUGCAGCCGAUUUAGAGUCAAAAUACAAUAUCAAGACAAAAACUCAAUCAAUUGACUUCUCCGCUGGUGACGAUAGCUCAUACGACGCCCUUAGCAACUCCAUUGACGGUCUUAACAUUGGUGUUCUCGUGAACAACGUUGGUAAAUCUCACGAAAUGCCAGUCCCAUUCGAGCAAACUCCACUCGAUGAGUUGAAAGCCAUCGUCGAAAUCAACAUCAACGCAACCUUGCGCGUUACUCAAGCCGUCUUACCAAAACUCAUCGAGCGCAAAAAUGGUCUCAUUUUAAACAUCGGUUCAUUCGCUGGAACUGUACCAACUCCUUUGCUUGCAACUUACACUGGCUCAAAAUCUUUCUUGCUUAGUUGGACACAAGCACUCGGUGAGGAAGUCAAGUCAAAGGGUGUCACCGUCGAAUUAGUAAACACAUACUUCGUCGUAUCCUCAAUGUCAAAGAUCCGUAGACCAUCGAAACUCAUACCAUUGCCUGCAACUUAUGUUAGAUCAGUUCUCACUAGAAUUGGCUUAAACGGUGGCUCAAUUUCAAGACCAUAUACAUCUACUCCUUACUGGUCACACGCUAUUGUUGAUGCUAUACUCAGUUUAAGUGGUUUUAAGAGAUUGGUACUUUGGUACACCCAUAAAAUGCAGAAAGAUAUUCGUCAAAGAGCCCUUCGUAAGAAAGAACGCGAAGCAAAGAAGCAGUAAUAAAUUUUGGAUGCAGUUAGUAAUUUUUAAUAUAUAAUCAGAUAAUAAGUUACAUUUUUAUGUUUACUACAAUUCAGUUCCGAAUAGCUUGAACGAUCGCGACCAUUCACCAGUCGCGAGGUGUUUACCAUUACGUGAGACAUCAACUGACAUAAUUUUUGAGUUCUCGGCAAUAGAUCUUUGACAGAUCCAGUCAUCUGCGCUCCAUAGCUUUGUGUAGCCAUCGAAACCAGCACUUGCUAAGAAGAGACCAUGAGAAUAAGGUUCUUUAACAAGAGGCGACAUAUCUUCAUUAUCUCCACUUUCAUCCAUCUUUACAUCCUGUUUAUCAUUGCGAGAGUUUAGAACUCUCUCUGGUUGUCUAUAAAACUUGAGAUCACCAACUGAUAUGUUAUGCGCAGGCAUGGUUGAUAUCGAUUUUAAAGCUCUCAAAUCCCAUAUCAUUAUUUUACCAUCACCAGAACCUGUCGCACAUUGAUAGCUGUGACUUUAGUAAGAACAUGCUAGCUAUUAUGGUUGUAAUCAACUAACCCAUUAGGCGAAAAGUCCAAUGCUAAAAUCUUGUCGGCAUGUCCAUCCAAAACCAUCGCAGUUCUACCCGUUCUGAGAUCCCAAACACGUCCAAUAGCAUCCAUACCGGCAGAGCCGACCAAUGCACCAUCAUCCUGGAACGCCAAAGCGUAUACUUCUUUCGAAUGUCCUUCUUGCAACUGCAACUCAGCUUGUGUUUCAACGUCCCAGAGCCUCCAUGUU